AAUGAUAGCAUGUCCAUUAUGAUGCUGGGUUGCGGUUGCGUCAUAAUGUACGUUUAGUACGUGGCAUGACAGCGGGGGCCAGUUCAUGAUAAAACGCUAAACGAAAAGAAGUCCAAAAAAAUAUCUAUAUGAUAUGUACAUACGUAUCGUAACAGACUGUGGUUUCUGUGGGUGGUUGGAUUCUGAUUUUCUCGUCAUCUUUUUCUGUUUUUACAAUCAGCACUUAUUAAUUUUAUAAUCAGAAACAAAACCUCUGUGUCUUUUGGUUUGUGUGUGGUUGAUGCUGUUUCCAAGGCGCGCAGGGCGGCGGGGAUCCCGCGGCAGGAUCUCCUGAAGACGGCCUGCCCGGCCGAGAUAGCCAGGGACGCUAACGGGUCUUCGCCGCCCGGGAGCCGGCGGUUACUAAGCCGCGAGGUGGCGCGGCUCCUCGGAGGAGCGGCGCUGCCCAGAGCGCAAGUUCGAACACCCUCGGGAGGGUGGCGCGGGCGGGGGCAGUCCCCGCAAACAAGUGUCGCCAUGCCGCCAGCGGAGAAAUUCUCCCACAAGGUCUCCUGGGGUGGUUCGUCGCCCAAGCAGCCCAGGGCCUCCGGCCCAGACCGGGACUCCGCUUUCUCACUCACCUCCUCGCUUCCAACCCUCCACUUGCGCUACAACUCUAACCCGGAUGAGUGGGACAAGAGGGCCAUAGGGAGCUACUACGAGUUGUACGCGGCGGCGCUGGGCAACCUGGAAUGGUUGCGGUUCUGUCUGAGUCGGCACUGUGAGGAAAUCCCGGCAGAUGACAAGGGUUUCACUGCCAUCCACUUCGCAGCCCAGAGUGGCAAGCUUGCAUGCCUGAAGGUCUUGGUAGAGGAGUACAAGUUUCCGGUGGACCUGCCCACCAACAAUGGUCAGACACCCCUGCACCUGGCCAUCCACAAGGACAACAAGACCAUGAUCCUCCCCUGCAUUCACUACCUGCUUAAGCAAGGGGCGGCCCUCAACACUCAGACGUGCAAUGGCUCCACACCCCUCCACCUGGCGGCCUGCCAGGGCCUGCUGAAAUGUGUGAAGGUCCUGGUGCAAAAUGGGGCCGAUGUCCAUGCCCGAGAUGCCAUGGGCUGCAAACCCAUCGACUAUUGCAAAAUAUGGAAUCACCGCGACUGUGCCAGGUUCUUGAAGGAUGCCAUGUGGAAACGGGACAAGAAGGACUUUGCUUGUGAGAUGGGGAAAUUGAAGACGCUCAAGGACCAGCUGGCCCUCAUGGAACAGGACUACCUGACUGAGUAUCAAAAAGAGCACCAAAUUCUGAGAGAAGCUAAUUUCAAGAAGUGGCUCCACUGCAAGCAGCUGCUCCGAGGCCAAUCCCUGAUCCGGACCGCCAAGCGAGAGCCUUGUACCCCACGCCAGGCUAUGGCCCUCUCCAAGGCCACCAAGUACCAGGGACUGAGGCCUCCCAAGAGCUUCUACCCCUCCCCAGAGGCGCGCCUGCGAGAGACACCGCGGCCCAAGCUGCAGCCCUUGAGGACACACACACCCAUCUACAUGCAGCCCAUGGUCAGGCGGCCCAAGUCAUGGAAUGUUAGCAACAAUCCUGCCAGAUCACCCACCACCCAGAUUGGCUACACGCAGGGCAUCCGCCUGGGUGUGCAUCCAGACCCCAGCUCAGAGCAUGACUUCCGCAGCUUCCUCAAGGUGAGGUCCGACAGGCACGGUAGUGCCAAACUGUGCACAGUGGCCGGCAACCAGGUGGCACCUGUGCCCCAGCUGCCUUUCGAGGUGAUGGUCCAAGAGCUGUACCCUUCGGUGCGGCCAUACAGGAUGAAAGUGCCCCAGGGCUUUUGCUCUGUCAGCAUGAAGGAUGUGCCCCAGAAGCGGCACUUGGGUGAUAACAACUUCUGGACUGACGCUCUGGCCAUGAACCUGCGCGAGACAUUUGAUGAAGCCUUCCUGGCAGCUGUGCAAGCCCAUCAAAGGCUCCCCACUCGACCCUACCUGAAAAGUCCCCCAUAAACUUAUUUUGGUAGGCUCUCUACCUGAGGCAGCCCAACGGAGGCUGAGAUGUGAUUCAUGGUGUGGACGGAGGACAGGGAGAAAAGUGCCCACAGGCUUCCCACUCUCGAGCACAAAGAUCUGAGCUUCUCUCAACAAAAGCCUAUAUCCCAGGUCUCCCUUCUCCACAAAGAAAUUUCUUGGACCCCCUCCCCCCCAGGAGAUUUAAGUUAGGGAAAAGGCCUCAGAGUGGGUAUCAGUCUCUAUCCUGGGCCCUAGCAUUGUAAAAGUGACACUUGGGUGUCCCCAAUACCUCCCCUCCCUCUCAGCCCACCAGGAACAAGGCUUCCAGGAUGAGGGACCGCUGGAAAAUUCUGCCUCUUGUUCAGAUUAAGUCCUUCAAGGUUUCUGUAGAUCAGGGAGGCACAAGCAGCAUAUCUCGGGGGAAAGGAGGGAGGACAUGUGGCUUCAGUUCGAGACUAUAGAAGCACUUGCACUUCCUCCAGGUAGCUAUCCUGGAUCCCCUGCUAUCCCCUGUACACAUCACUACAAAUCAUUCAUUAAACAAACAUUUAUUGAGUGCUUUCUAUGUACCAGGCACCAAGCCAGGCACUGUUGAUACAAAAACUGAAGGACAGUCCCUGCCCUCAAGGAGCUUACAGUCUAGUGGGGAAAUAGACCAAUAAGCAGGCAAGUAAGCCUAGAGUGAAUUGUAUGGUGUGCUGGGGGGGAGAGGGAACAGAGCUCAGAGGUAAUGAAACCUAAGUUGAGAAGGUACCCAGGUGAGCAGAAGAAAGGGGAAUCAAAGUGGCAUCUCUGAAUACAGGAGGCUGGAGCACAUGGUGCAAGGUGGCAAGUGAUGAGACCAGAGGCGAGCAGUAACCAGAUAUCACAAGUCUCACAAGCCAUGCUAAGGGGUCUGGACUUUAUCCUGAGAGCAGUAGGGAGCCAUGAAAGGUUGUAGGCCAGGGAGUGACCUGAUCAACUAUACAUUUUAAAGACAACUCUGGCUGUGGGACAGAGAAGCAGAAGGAGGCUGUCACAAUAAUCCAGGUAUGAGUUGAUGACAGUGGCAGUGGCUUGAAUCAAGAGAUGUUAGGAAAGUAAAUUUAACAGUUUAUAGAGACUGAAUGGGGGUGGGGAGGGGCCGAAAAAGAAAGCAGGGCUAGAAAGCCGGUUUCUGGUCUGGCUCCUGAGAGGUCUUGGGGCCACAGCAGGUACCCAAAAGAGGCAGG